CGCAAACUGUAUGGGUAAUGAUGAAUGUCCAUUGACAUUAGAUGAUGCUGGCGGCGUUUUAGGACAUGCAUACUUUCCUGACUCUAGCGGCACCUGUAGAGAAAUCCAUUUAGAUAUAAAUGAACGCUGGUAUUUUGGAAAUAAUCCUAAUAUACCCAAAAAUCAAACUAGUUUUCUUAUGGUGUUGGUUCAUGAAAUUGGACAUGCCCUCGGCAUAGCACAUAGUGCUUCUCCGAAUGCUAUUAUGUUUGCCUUCUAUCAGCAUGAGAUUCGUGGUCUAGAUGUUGAUGAUAUAAAUGCAGUACAAUAUCUCUAUGGAAGAAAAAACAAAUAUGAUUCAAUCCCAACGUCUACCACCGCAUCAGCAAUACCAAAAACAACAACAACUAUAAGAUCUACAACUCAUAGAUCGCAGACAGGAAUGUACGAUGAGGUGUACUGUAAAUUCGGCAACGCUGUGCUGGCGCGAGCUUUUGACUCCACAGGAUCGCGCCUGGCGACUGCCGAGGUCGUCCGCAGAUUCAUUCACGAUACGACUUGUAUGAGACUGCAGGUGGCAGUGGGCCGCUUUGGACUACUUUCGUGCAACAUCGUGCGCUCACAUGAUUGCAUUAUCUCUUCUGCGGAUAUGCAUGGUAGUCAAGUACUGUUUUGGCUAUACCUUUGCGUAUACUGUGGUAAUCGUCUGUUCAGCUAUCGUUGCAAAGUAUUCCACAAAAUCAGUUUGUAUUUCAGUUCGGGCCGCCUUGUAGCUGGUGCGGUCGGAUUCGUGACCGCGGAAAUCCCGCAGACCAUAUCUCGGGAAGCUGAUUUAGAUAAGUGA